AUGCUCAGGAAGAGUUUGACCUUUAAAGCAACUCCCAUCGCGAGCUUCUACCAAGAGCCUCCUCCUCCUAGAGUGGAGUUAAAGAAGAAACCAGAGAAACAAGGACUAAAGAGUUGGGUGGUUACUUUGGGGGCUAAGUUUACUGAUAUACCAACAACAAGAGCCAAAUCUCCCAAACUUUGUAGAAAGAAGUCCUUGACUUCUGUGGAAACGGAUGGAAAUGGUAACCCCAGCACUCGACCAAGCCAACUAAGUCUGGAUGAGAAAGCAUCUCAGAGCAACUCUGCCAAAGGAAUUUCUCCUGUACAAUCGAAGAAGCCACAACGGAAGUCCCUUCCUAAACUGCCUUCUGAAAGGAGCAAUUUAAACAAUUCCAGCAAGGAAGAAAAGAUGACAUCACCAAAAGCAGCAAAUGAGGAAAAUACCACUUCAUUGACUGCAACAAAGGAAGCUGAUUCUCUCAUCCAGGAGUCAGCUUCUGCAACUGGUUCAAAAGAAACUCAGCUCGGUGCAGAGGAGGAACCAGCAGUUGGGGAGCAAGAUGAACCCACCUUAGUACAAGAACCCAUGGCAUUGGAGGGUCAAGGUCAUCUUAAUUCAGCACCAGAUUCAUCAAUCUUUCUAAAGUUAAUUCAUACAGAACAUGCAGAGAUUCCAUUUUCUUUCAAUGCAUCCUAUUAUCCUGUUCUUCUACUAUUUGCAUCUUUUACAGCUACGGCUCAACGAAGACAGUCAAAUAUAAGCCUAGGAUCUUUUCUUAAACCAACCACAAACUCCUCAUGGUUGUCAGGUUCUGGUCUCUACGCCUUUGGAUUUUAUCAGCAAGGCAAUGGCUACGCGGUUGGAAUUUUACUUGCAGGAACUCCUGAGAAAACUGUUGUCUGGACAGCGAGACGCGAUGAUUCUCCAGUCCCCAGAAAUUCUACUUUGCUGUUGAAUUCUGAAGGCAGGCUUGUCUUGCAAUCAACACAAGGCCAAGAUACAAAUAUCGCCGAGAUUUCCAGCCUUGGCUCUUCUGCUUCCAUGCUUGACUCUGGAAAUUUUGUGCUCUAUAGCUCUGAUAAGGAAAUAAUAUGGCAGAGUUUUGAUUACCCAACUGAUACUCUUUUGCCCACUCAACGUCUUCUAGCAGAGCAGGAGCUGUUUUCAAGUAUUUCAGAAACUGACCAUUCCACAGGGAAAUUCCGUCUUAAGAUGCAACAAGAUGGAAACCUCGUGCAGUAUCCAACGGAAACUUCGGACACAGCUGCAUACUCUUAUUGGUCGUCUGCUACAAAUGGGUGGGGCGCUAAUGUCACACUAAACCUCGAUGUGGAUGGCCGUCUUUACCUGCUUAAUUCAAGCAACUUCAACACAGAGAAUUUAACAGAAGGGUAUAAUGCAACGAGAGGAAUAAUCUAUUUGGCGAAACUUGAUUCGGAUGGGAUACUAAGAUUGUAUUCAUACAAUACGAGACAAGAUCGUGCAUCGACAGUUGUCUGGGAAUCUUCGAAAAAUAAGUGUGACCCUAAGGGGGUGUGUGGAUUUAAUAGCUUUUGUGUUUUAAAUGAUCAGAAACCUGAAUGUAGAUGUCUUCCAGGAUAUUCCUUUGUUAAUCAAGGCAAUUGGACAUCUGGGUGUGAAAGAAAUUUCACCGCAGAGAGUUGCAGCAAAAAGAAUGGAUCUGUCAAAUACAUGAUUCAACCAUUGGAGAAUACUCGCUGGGAAGAUCUUCCAUAUUUUGUUCUAUCGGAAACAACCAAAGAAGACUGUCAACAAGCAUGUUUGGUGGACUGCAAUUGUGAGGCAGCGCUAUUCUACAGCGAUGAUCGUGAGUGCAGUAUGCAAAGAUUUCCUUUGAGAUUGGGGCGAAGAGAUAUGGGAGCUGGUUCAAAUAGCAUUGCUUUCAUCAAGGUCGGAAUUAUGUCCUCGAAUGACGACAUUGUUCAGAAAGAAGGCAAGAAAAACCCCCAAACAGGUCUGGUAAUUGUAAUAAGUUGCGCAUUUGUUGCUUUUAUAGUGGUUAUUUUAGCAACUUUCGGGAUUGUCAUCCGUAGAUAUCAUGUCUGGUCAUAUAAAAAAAUUCGAGGAAAUGGUAACCUCAGAUUUUGUGAGGAUAUAGCUCCCAUAUCGUUUACUUUUGCAGAGAUUGAAAAACUAACGGAAGGUUUCAUGGAAGAUGAUAGAGGAUCUUCAGGAACAGUUUACAAAGGGACUAUGUUGAAUUCCCAAAAGUUUGUAGCUGUCAAGAAAUUAGAGAAGGUGUUAGCCGAAGGGGGAAAAGAGUUUCUAACUGAGAUUAAAGUUGUUGGGAGAACCCACCAUAGGAACUUAGUUCGUCUACUUGGUUAUUGUUUUGAGGGAGCCAACAAGGUCUUAGUAUAUGAUUACAUGAGCAAUGGUUCUCUGGCUGAUCUUCUCUUCACACCUGAAAAACAACCUAAUUGGGUUGAAAGAAUGGGCAUUGUUCAUGAUAUAGCUAGAGGUAUUCCAUAUUUGCACGACAACUGUGAGACUCAAGUCAUCCACUGUGAUAUAAAGCCUCAAAACAUACUCAUGGACGAUAACAGGUGUACAAAAAUUUCUGAUUUUGGAUUAGCAAAGUAGUUGAAGUCAGAUCAAACACACACUUUUACAGGAAUUAGAGGAACUAGGGGAUAUGUUGCACCAGAGUGGCAUCGAAAUCUACCGAUAAUUGUUAAAGUAGAUGUUUACAGUUUUGGAGUUGUAUUACUGGAGAUCAUAUGCUGUCGUAGAAGUAUGGACCAAAAUCUCUCAGAGGAUAAAAUUAUUCUUGAAGACCGGGUAUACCAAUGUUUUGAGUCUGGUGAGUUGAGUCAGCUAGUAGGUAAUGAAGAGGUUGAACUAAAACAAUUGGAGAGGAUUACUAAAGUUGCACUUUGGUGCAUUCUUGACGAGCCAUUGCUUCGGCCUUCAAUGAAGAAAGUUUUACACAUGUUGGAAGGGACUGUUGAUAUCCCAGUACCUCCUAAUCCUGCUUCUUAUCUUACUUGCAUCUAGCUCAUUUUUGUGUAUGUCAAUGUCUUUAGGCCCUAUUAUGCAAUUAAAAUAGAAUAUAAAAAUGUAAAUCAUUCUAUGAGCAUAAGUUGAACUGGUUUA